AUGCCGACCGCAAUUGUUACUGGCGCAACUGGUAUCCUCGGUCGCGAGAUUGUCUACGAGCUCGGACGUCAUCCACAAGAAUGGACUACGGUUCACGCGCUUUCACGUUCGAAGAAGGACGCGUACCCAUCCAACGUCGUCCAUAACUUCAUCGACCUCACUGCGGAUGCGCAGGAGAUGGCGAAGGAGCUGAAGGACGUGUCUGCUGAUUAUGUCUUCUUCGCUGCGUAUCUACAGAAGGAUUCGGAGGAGGACAACACCAAAGUCAACGGUGAUAUGCUGGAGAACUUCUUCAAGGCCCUUGAGAUCAACAAUACCGUCUCGCGUAUUAAGCGCAUUGUCUUGGUCACUGGGUGCAAGCAGUACGGCGUCCACCUUGGUCGCGCCAAGAAUCCCAUGGUUGAAUCAGAUCCCUGGCUCCCCGAGCCGCCCUACCCACCCAACUUCUACUAUCGCCAACAGCGCAGCUUGCACGCCUUCAGCGCAAAGCAUAACAUCGAGUGGGUCGUCACCUACCCAAACGACGUCAUCGGCUUCGCCAAAGGCAACUUCAUGAACCUCGCCGCGUCGAUCGGGCUCUACGCCGCGGUGCACCGCGAACUCGGCACAGGCGGGCUGCCCUUCCCCGGCGGGGCGACGUUCUACGAGAAGUUCGACUCGUUUACGUACAGCCGGCUGCACGCCGAGUUCUGCGUGUGGGCCGCGACCGCGCCCGGCGCGAAGAACCAGGCGUUCAACGUCGUGAACGGCGAUGUCGAGAGCUGGUCGAACAUGUGGCCGAAGCUCGCCGCGCGCUACGGGAUGAAUGUCCCCGCGGACCAGUUCUCGCGCCCCGCACCGGACGCGUCCGAUGUGCCCAUGGCGGACAACCCGCCGAUCUCGAUCUUGGCGAAGGGGCUGGGGCUACAGGGCAAGACGCCGCAGUCGCACGUCGAGCAGACGAUCGACCUCGCGAAGUGGAGCCAGAAGCCGGAGGUGCAGGCGGCUUGGAAACGCCUCGCUGAGCGGGAGAGCCUCGAGAAGGACGCGUUCGGCAAGGCGACGUGGAUGUUCACGGGCUUCGUGUUGGGCCGCAACUUCGACCUGAUCGUCAGCAUGAGCAAGGCGAGAGCUGCGGGGUGGACGGGGUACCACGACACGUGGGAGAGCUUCGAGAAGGUUUUCGACCAGCUCGAGAGCGAGAAAAUCUUGCCCAAGGCGAUGGGCAGAUUCGUCGGGUGGUCGAUGCAGCAGUGA